AUGGCCUGUUACACUCCCGUCGACGUGCCGGUCGACGCCAGUCAGCCGUUUACGGACUACUCUCGAUGGCGCCUGCGUAGUUCUGAGGGUGGAAGACACACCUGGCACUACCUGUCCGACACGGAGCUCGCGUCGUGGCCGCAGAAGGAGCUAGACAAGUACUGGCUCGGUCUACCUACGGGUUUACCUUCUCUACCCCCACCGAAGACCCCAUUGGAGGCCGCAAGGAAUGGAUACACCUUCUACAAGCAUCUGCAGGCUGACGACGGGCACUGGCCAGGCGAGUACGGCGGACCAAUGUUCCUGCUUCCGGGCCUCGUCAUUGGGAGCUAUGUCACCGGCAUGCCCUUCACGAACGAAGAACGCCUGGAGAUGAUACGGUAUCUCCUCAACCGCGCGCACCCAGAAGACGGGGGAUGGGGCAUCCACAUCGAAGGGCACUCGACUGUUUUCGGCACCGCGCUCAACUACGUCGUGCUCCGUCUACUUGGGGUCUCGGCGGAGCAUCCAGCUUUGGUGAAGGCGCGCGGAACGUUGCACAAGAUGGGGGGCGCGACGGGUGCGCCGGCGUGGGGCAAGUUUUGGCUGUCGAUCUUGGGGGUGUACGAGUGGGAGGGGAACAACAGCUCGUUGCCCGAAUUGUGGUUAUUGCCCGAUUGGGUGCCUGUUCAUCCGCAUAGGUGGUGGAUACAUGUGCGGACGGUUCAGGUACCUAUGUCGUACCUCCAGGGCAUCCGGUUUACACACCCGUUGAACGACCUUACUCGAGCUUUGCGCCAGGAACUGUACGUUCAACAAUACGAGUCCAUCAAUUGGCCAGCUCAGCGGAACAACAUCUGCACCCUUGACCUCUACAUGCCCCACUCCCGGGUCUUCGACUUCAUCUCCAUCUUUCUCAACAUCUACGAAUCAAACCCCAUUCCUUCUCUGCGUAAAGCGGCCCUGGACCGCUGCUACCACCUCAUCGUCCUUGAAGAUGAAAACACAGGUUACCAGACCCUCGGCCCGGUUUCGAAAAUGAUGAACCUCAUCGCGCGCUUCCACGUCGAUGGCCCUUCCGCGGAAAGCUAUAAGCUGCACAUGGAGAAGAGGCAGGACUUCAUGUGGAUCGGCGCCGAGGGAAUGAUGAUGUGCGGGACAAACGGCUCACAGCUGUGGGAUGUCGGUUUCGUCACGCAGGCGCUCGUGGAGACCGGGCUGGGCAGCGAGCCGGAGUACCGCGAGAGCUUGAUAAAUGCUCUCGAGUGGCUGGACGAGUGCCAGAUCAGGGAGAACCCAAAGCAUUACGAGACGAGCUACCGUCACCGGACGAAGGGCGCUUGGCCUUUCAGCACCAAAGAGCAGGGCUAUACGGUUAGCGACUGCACUGGUGAAGGGUUGAAGGCGGUCUUGUACCUCCAAGAUCUAGACUUCACGCCCAAGUUGAUAUCUGAAGAUCGCCUUCGGGAUGCAGUCGACACAAUCCUGACCAUGCAAAAUCCUAGUGGUGGCUUCGCAUCCUAUGAACUAAUUCGUGGUCCCGCGUGGCUGGAGUGGUUGAACCCAGCGGAGGUCUUCGGCGACAUCAUGAUCGAGUACGCCUAUCCCGAGUGCACAACGAGCGCCAUCACUGCUCUGUCCAUCUUCCGCAAGCACGACCCCCAUUACCGCUCCGCCGAUAUUGAAAAGACUCUCGAAGGCGCUAUCCAAUACCUGCACGCAUCGCAGACGCCUGACGGUGGUUGGAUUGGCUCGUGGGGCAUCUGCAUUACCUAUGCCACCCAAUUCGCGCUCGAGUCCUUGAGCUUGGUCGGGGAGACGUAUGAGAACAGCCCGGCGGCGAGGAGAGCUUGCGACAUGCUCGUCCGCAGGCAAAGAUCAGAUGGUGGCUGGGGCGAGUCUUACAAGAGUUGCGAGGUCAGCGCCUGGGUGGAGCAUGAGAAGACGCAGGUAGUCCAGACGUCCUGGGCGGCGAUGGCGCUGAUGUACGCACGGUAUCCGCACCCGGAGCCCAUCGAACGCGCCGUGCAAUUGGUUAUGUCCAGGCAGCUUCCCGACGGAUCGUGGGCGCAGGAAGCGAUCGAGGGCGUGUUCAACAAAAACUGCGCGAUCUCCUACCCGAACUUCAAGUUCUCUUUUACGAUAUGGAUGCUCGGGAAGGCGCAUACGUACUUGGAACAACUAAAGGCGAAGAAAAGCACCAACGUCUACGCCAACGGGCAUCCAUAGCCUCUGUUGACUUGAGCCUUACACCCCUGAUUCACUGCUGCUUCAUUCUCACUUUUGUAACUUCUCCAAUAUACC